CAAUUUAAAUACUAGGGGGCGCUACACAGUUGGUAAACUUUGAUUGAUAAAAGAGAAAAAAAAUCGGAAAUUCCUUGAAUUACUUUUUUUUCUAUGUCCGUGUUUCUAUAAAUAGAAUUCAAGAAGUUGUCAGUAAAAACAAAGAUUUUAUAAAUUAACGAGCAGGGAGUCUUGUGGCCAGCAUAAAGACCCGUACCCAUCGGAGUUUUGAAAUUCCAAAUACCAGUCUUCAUUGAGAUUCGAAACCAGGACCAAAGAUUCGGAAGCCAAGUACUUAACCACUCAGCCGCCUUGACUUCUAACAUAGACACGAACUCGUCAAAGAUGUGCCGCAAGAGAAAAACUCAAACUGAUAGAAAAGUAUCGAAAAGACUCAAAACAGAAAAAAACAGUACAGACCUUUGUUUUCCUCAAGACACAUGUGGACUUAAUGGAUCAGAGGAUCAGACUGACCUAGCAGACUUCUCCAGUCCUGGGAAUGAGAAUGAAGAUACAGAUUCUCAUCAUUUCACCAGUGACCAGUCCAAAGUCCAGUCAGAUGAGGUUGAAGGUCCACUAAUUGGUGAUCAUGAAACUCAGGAGUCAGAAGGUGGAGAAGCUGAUCUACACAAAUAUCUUGUGGGAUGUAAGAAGAAUCCAGGUCAUAGACAGUUUAUACCUGUUGAGACAUUCACCAAGAAACAUUUACCUGAAGGUCUUCAAGACAAUGAUUUGUAUAAACUCAUCAAACUUACAGCUGACCUCACAGUUAGGGUUGAUGUUACAAUGUCAAGUCCAAAGACAACUCAACCAUAUCCAUUUUCUAACAUGAGUGAGAGAAGAAUCUUGAGGACAGGAAGUGGAAGUGUGAGGAAUGUAAACAAGUUUCAAGAUGGAGUCUUACAAGAUUUAGGUAAUAUAUAUAAAAAUGAUGACUACACAAAGUGUUGGUGUAGAGAAUGUGUAGGUUCAAACUCACCCAGCAAUGUGUGGUGGGAGUUUAAAGUGAACACAGCCAAACAUGUGGUUUUUGAUGACAUUGAGGCCAACCACACAACCUUGAGAUUGUUUUAUGAUAGAGAUGAUGGAAGUCCAGUGGUCAGUAUUGAUAAGGUCAGUAUUGAUAAGGUCAGUGUUGAGCAGGACAGGUGUGAGUUGAAAUGUGUGACAUGUGAUGAAACUUUAGGAAAUAAACUGAUGGGAAUGUGGAAACAUUUUCAAAAAGUCUGGGGGGAAGUCUGUGACAAAUACAGAGACUCUAGAUCACAACACAAGUUGACCUUUAUAGUGUCACAUCCUCAUGGAUGUUCUAAACAGGUCAGUGUUGGUCAAUGGAAGGACAGACUAGAGUUGGGUGAACUUAGAUCUAAGUUUACGUAUACAACUUGUACAUGUCCAGGAAGUAGUGGAGCACAAGUCCUCUGUCUGGGGUAUAGAUACUACACUUAUUCUGAUCUUGUCCACAGUGGAAGUUUCAAGUCUGGAUUAAAUUACAGUGGAGUUGGUCGUGUCUUUUGAGUUGUUUCCCUUGUGAGUUGUCCAGCUCCACCAUGAAGAUGUAUUUAAGAACCCUUGACAUUCUGAACCUCAAACUCAAAUGUCUCUUUAGUCUUGAGCUUUAAAUUUACAAUAAUUUGUUUCCUUUUUUACCCAUGUUGUUGUUUGUAAUUUACAUUUACAAUAAUUGAAACUUGUUCAACUACAAACAAAAUCUACCAAAUGAACAUUAAGAACCUGAUUUUGACGAUCAGGUUUGUGAAAAAAAAAAUUAGAUGUUGUUCAUAUGUUGUUUUCUUUUUAUUUUAAAUGCAAUUUAAAAGUUUGCAAAAAUUUCAAAUACAAAAAACUUGUCAUUUAUAAAAUAAAGAAAUGUAUCGAAAAAAAAUUCUA